CACCACAUCACGAAAGCCAAUUGUACAAGCCAGCUAAAAACCAUCCCAUCACAUGCACUCACGGUAACCGCACCCGCCACCACACCGAAAAUGCAGCAACCCUUGCCCCCAGCACGGGAGCCCUACCUCCUUGACCUCGGCCACCGCGGCUUCAUCGAGGGCGUCACCAUCCGCGACGCUGCGUCCUCCCGCCCCCUCUGCCGCUACUUCGGCGGCCUGCCGUACGCGCUCCCCCCGCAGCGCUGGCGCAUGCCGCGCCCGCUGCCGCCGUGCUACCAGUACGGGACGCGCGCAGCACCCGGGCGGUUUGCGGGCGGCGCAGGCAUCUGUCCGCAGAGCGCGGCGCACGCGCACGCGCUGGGCGAUGAGGAUUGCUUGCAGCUGAACGUGUGGGUGCCCAUGGGCGCGGCGCCCAAGGGCGGCUGGCCCGUCUUCUUCUUCAUCCACGGCGGGUUCCUGCAGGUCGGCUCCGCAAACGACCUCCAUCCGGAAGCGCUGCUGAGCGAGACGGCCGUGCGCGCCGUCAUCGUCGCCCCGGCGUACCGGCUCAACGUGUUUGGGUUCCUAGCCAGUCGCGAGCUCAAGGCCGCGUCGGCCGGCGAGCCCGUCGGCAACCUGGGCUUUUGGGACCAGCGCGCUGCGCUCGAGUGGACGCGCAAUACGGUCAGCUAUUUUGGCGGCGACGCGGGGAACAUCACGGUGGGCGGGUACUCGGCGGGCAGCCACUCGGCCUUCAAGCAACUGGCGUACGACGCGUACCUGCCGCGCUCCAAAGCCAUCAUCAAGCGCGUCAUCAUGUGGUCCAACGGGCCCGGCGUGGCCCCCAAAUCGCUGCAAGAAGCCCAAGAGCAGUUCGACACGCUGCUCGCCCGCCUGCACAUCCCGCCCGACCUCCCCGGCGCCCAGAAAGUCGCCCGCCUCGCCCGCACCCCGGCGCCCCGCCUCCUCGCCGCCGCCCGCUCAACCCCCAUGCACCAGUUCCGCGCCGUGGCCGACGGCGUCUUCGCCCCCCACGCCCUGUACCCCGACAUCGACAGCGGGGCGUUCGGCGCGCGCCUGCGCGCCCGCGGCAUCCGCAUUCUGGCAGGGGAGUGCGCAAACGAGCACUUUGUGUACGGGCGAUGGUACCCGCCCGCGACGGACACGCUGGGCGCGCUGGCCGCGCGCCUGGAGGUCGACUACCCGGCCGCGGCGUGCGACGCGCUGAUACGACAUUAUUCGCCCACCGGGGCGCUGCCGCCGCCCGCCACGGACUGGCGCGACGCGUUCGGCCGCGUGUACGCCGACGUGCAGAUCCACGCGCUGCUGCGCGGGUUCGCGGACAAGCUGUGGCGGGAUGGCGAGGCGCCGGUGCUGCUGCGCUACCGCGUCGACUUUGUCACGCGGAGCGCGAGGGCCAUGUUUCCGCCCGGGUGGGGCGCGACGCAUACGACGGACUUGGCGCUGUGGUUCUUGGGGAACGGCGUUAGGGGCGGGCUGGCGGAGAGGGAGAAGCAGGUCGCGCGUGGUGCGUUGCUGGAUCCGUUGGCGAGGUUUUUGCGCGGCGAGGUGGAUGUGGGCUGGGGUGCUGUUGGGGGGCCGCGGGAGGUGAGAAGACUGAGGGAGGAUGGUGAGGUUGAGGUUUGGCUGGAUGAGGACUGGGAGAAGGGGGUUGCGGUUUGGGAGGCUUUGGAGGGGGUGGGGGCGACGGGGGAGGGGGAGGCAGAGGAGGAGGGGCUCAGUGUGAGCAGGGGGGCGAAACUGUAAGUCUUGUUCCUCUCUGCUAGGGUGGUGUGGUGUGGCGUGGAAGCCGUGCAGACGUGUGUGUAAGACGGUGGUAUUCGCUCGGAUUGGUUUAACGCGGUUUCUUGGUGUGCGGUAUAGGGCCAUUGUGCUUGACCUCGGCGAGGACGAUUGAUUGAGGAGUCUAUCCUCUCUCUCCCUCUUCCUCCAAACACGACAUAAACACAAACCCUCGACCGCGAGGUUGCGGAGGUGAGGGGUGGGCGUGUGGGUGUAGGCUCGGUGGGCGCAUGUGUAAAUAUAUGUAACUAGAGCCUGAUAGUGUGUUUUGGCGUUGAUAUAGGAUGUAGCAGCU